AUGGCCUUUGCUGUGUUUGAGUUCUUGACCACCUGCCUCCUGAGCAACACCUGGGGCCCUCCUCAGCUUUUUGUGCCAUGUACUCUCGGGUCUGCGAUUUCCUCGCCGCUUGGCCACAGGACCGGGGGACACGUCCUUCUGUGCCCAGCUGCCCGUCGGUGCGGGGCCGCCCGGCCCUUCCUGCCCGCCCGCUGCAGCAGCCUGGCACAGCCGCCACGCGUGAAGCUGCCAGGCGCCCACCAGCAGGAGUCUGCAGAUAGGCAGGGUGAGGGUGGAAAGGGCGGAGAGGGAAACGCAGCGGGAUUUACCGGCUCAAGGCUCCCCAGACCCGAAGAGGCUCUGGGAAGGACAUCUCAGAACUGUGGAUUUUUGCUGCUGCUGCUGCAGAGACUUAAUAGCGAGCAACUGCUGCUCUUCUCAGUUGCCAAGAUCUUCAGUCUUGAUCUUGGAGGUAUAUCUGCUAUUGUCCUGAAUGGCUAUGAUGCAGUAAAAGAAUGCCUCGUUCAUCAAAGUGAAAUUUUUGCCGACAGACCGUCUCUUCCCUUGUUUAGGAAGCUGACAAACAUGGGAGGCUUACUGAACAGUAAAUAUGGCAGAGGAUGGACAGAACACCGCAGAUUAGCUGUAAAUACCUUUCGAAUUUUUGGAUAUGGUCAAAGGUCCUUUGAACACAAAAUUUCAGAAGAAUCUAUAUUUUUUCUUGAUGCCAUUGAUACAUACAAAGGCAGACCAUUUGAUCUUAAGCACUUGAUAACAAAUGCUGUUUCAAACAUUACUAAUUUGAUUAUUUUUGGAGAACGUUUUACAUAUGAAGAUACUGAAUUUCAGCACAUGAUUGAGAUUUUUAGUGAAAAUAUUGAAUUAGCUGCUAGUGCUUCUGUAUUUUUAUAUAACGCUUUUCCUUGGAUUGGUAUCUUGCCAUUUGGGAAACACCAGCAGCUGUUUAAAAAUGCAGCUGAAGUCUAUGACUUUCUUCAUGAGCUUAUUGAACGUGUCUCUGAAAACAGGAAGCCUCAGUCACCUCGACAUUUUGUAGAUGCAUAUUUAGAUGAGAUGGAUUGCAAUGAAAAUGAUCCAGAAUCUACAUAUUCAAGAGAAAACUUAAUUUUCUCUGUUGGAGAACUCAUCAUAGCUGGCACAGAAACCACAACAAAUGUUUUAAGAUGGGCAGUGUUAUUUAUGGCUCUUUAUCCAAACAUUCAAGGGCAAGUUCAAAAAGAAAUCGAUUUAGUCAUCGGCCCAAACAAAAUGCCUGCCUUAGAAGAGAAAUGCAAAAUGCCAUACACUGAGGCUGUUCUACAUGAAGUUCUAAGAUUCUGUAAUAUAGCUCCACUAGGUAUUUUUCACGCAACUUCCAAAGAUACUGUUGUGCGUGGUUACUCUAUUCCUGAAGGCACGACAGUCAUUACAAACCUCUACUCCGUUCAUUUUGAUGAAAAAUACUGGAGCAAUCCAGAAGUGUUUUGUCCUGAGAGAUUUUUGGACAGCAGCGGGCAGUUUGUCAAGAAAGAUGCAUUUAUUCCUUUUUCACUAGGAAGAAGACAUUGUCUUGGAGAACAGCUAGCUCGAAUGGAAAUGUUUUUGUUUUUCACUUCAUUACUACAACGAUUUCACCUGUGUUUUCCUCAUGGCGUGAUUCCAGAUCUCAAACCAAGAUUAGGCAUGACAUUACAACCAGAACCAUACCUCAUCUGUGCGGAAAGACGGUGAAGAGAAGGGUCUAGAUUGUGGAUCAGGUGGAGCACAAUGCUCCAAGUUGCAGCUGAGGAUCCACUUUGCCUUCUAUUUCUAAAUGCGUUCAUGUUAGAAGAACAAAAAUUUAAAGGACUUGCAGAUAAAUUUUGACUAUUUGUGUACAAGUUACUAGUUUCUUUUUACUUUGUUUUCACAAAAAA